AUGGGAAAAAAUUCUCACCUCGGCGAUGGUACGCCUCUAGCUGGAGAGGAAGGCGCUCGUGGGAGGCGACUUUUCUCCGCUGGAAAACUGCUUGAAGUCGCUAAUCUCGUUCGAGACGACAACGUGCCUGCGGACAUUGUCGGUCCCGUACCGGUAUUACUAGACGAAGCAGCCGAUGUAGCCAUUCUAUUUGCUACCACCAGCGAACGUUCGUCAGCUAACUGGGGAAGGUGCUGGAAGUUUGUUCAUAGAUUCAAAAUACAUCGUUUAAGCGGCGUGCCACCUCACAGAUAA